AUGGAGGGAGCGGACAGCCAUUUCCGCACCCAUGCGGACUCCACCGCGUUUCCCGACGUAAUGAAUGACCCGGCUUACGACGAAAGGGAAAAGGGUUUCGACGACCUAGACACAUGCCGUAUAUGCCACGGCGAAGCCACGGACGAGGAACCGCUUUUCUACCCGUGCAAGUGCAGCGGGAGUAUCAAAUUUGUCCACCAAAUUUGUCUGGUAGAAUGGCUGUCGCACUCGCAGAAGAAACACUGCGAGCUGUGCAAAACGCCAUUCCGGUUUACGAAGCUUUAUGACCCAAACAUGCCCCAAAACCUCCCUGCGCCUCUUUUCGUCAAGCAAGCAGUGAUACAGUGUUUCAGGACACUGUUGACAUGGAUGAGAUUUGUCCUCGUCGCAUUCGUCUGGCUAGGAUGGUUGCCGUGGUCCAUGCGCGCAAUUUGGAGAGCACUGUUCUGGCUUGCGGAUGGUCGCUGGUCUGCCACCGAACAUGCUCGAAACCAGGCCGCACAAUUUGCCAACGAAGGACUAGGUCACUUAGGGUCAAAUGGAAGCGCUGUGAAUGCUGCUAUCGUCGAGUCAAUCUCUAAAACCUCAAGUACGGGGAUCUCAUCUAUGGCCGCACCGUCUGCAUCACCAUCAUCCAUUUCUAAUCUUUCUUCCGGCGAGCCACUCAUGCUCACCAUGAUCAAAAAACUAGUUCCUACUCUCUUCAUGCCUGCAUUUACUUCGACUGUCGGACAAACGAGCGCAGAGCAGAACUCUACUGUGAGCUCAGCCAAGCCACGGUACCCCUCAUGGCUUUCGGAUGUCAAAUUCUUAAAAACAUUGACACCGUAUCCCACAAUUAACAACAUGAUCAUUGACACACUGGAAGGCCAAUUGAUCACCCUCUUGGUGGUUCUUGCGUUUAUCCUGCUGUUCCUCAUUCGGGAGUGGGUUGUUCAGCAGCAACCGAUGGCAAACAUCGCAGAGGGAGAGCGCGAAGCAGCUCUCCAGCUGAUUGCCAAUGCCAAUAACCGACUCAACGAGCGCUUCAAUGAAGAAGGGGGCUUUGACCAACCCGCACAAGCUCUUGCUCAGCCACAAAACCCGAUCAACAAUGAGCCUGCCGACGAUCAUGAGGCAGAAGAUGACGACCUACCUGCUUACGCCCCAAACUCACCAGCUCCGUCGUGGACUGAUUCCGAGGAUGGUCUCCUUGCAUUCCAGCCAGAACCGCGGGAAAACACAUUUGACCCGGAAGAUGAGACAGAUGACUCUGCUCCAACGGCCAGGGCUUUGGCCUUCCGAGAUCUUGUUGCCCGGACACAUGGUGAUCACGAUGAGAUGUUGCGGAUACUCCGGGAAGAGGCUCAUGGAGAUGAUCUUGACUGGUUUGUAAACGCCAUGACUGGGGUCACUAUCGAUCGCACGGCCGCAGGUCCCUCAAACCAGCCCCACAAUCCGGAUGAUAGAUUGCUCCACUUCAACGCCGGGGAAGGUAGCACCGAUGCUCAGCGCGAAGGCUCUGAAGCCGAGAAUACUCCGGAGGACCAACAAGCAACAGCUGGUGAACAUGCCACAUCUCUCAACGAGCAACCGAUUGAUCGGCCUCCACAAGCCGUCACCGAAAGAAUCAUCGAUUGGUUCUGGGGUGACAUCACACCUGUAGAGCGGGACGCAGAAGAGCCAGUGCCCGAGGACGACGAGCACAUCGUUCAAGAUCCGGCCUUGGAAGACCCAUUCGUGCCUUUGCCUAACCGAGUGGUGGAUGAGCCAGCCGAUGCUGCUGCCGAUGCUGCCGCCGCCGCGGAAGCUGGGCUAGAUCCCAACGACCUUGAAGCUGCUGAUGGCGAUGACUUCGAAGGAAUCAUGGAUCUCAUCGGCAUGCAAGGUCCCAUUUUUGGACUUUUCCAAAAUGGCGUUUUCUGUGCCCUCUUGAUUGCUUUCACAGUAGCCAUUGGUAUCUGGCUUCCCUACCUCUGGGGAAAAAUUGCUCUCGUGCUGCUCGCAAAUCCCCUAGAACUUCUAAUUGGAGUCCCUUUGACCGCUGUCGAGGUUGUUGCUGAUGUCGUCCUCGACACACUUAUUGGCGCCGUGGGAUACGUCAUGUACUGGUUCAGCUUUGUCUUCAAGAUCCUGUUGAGUCCUCUCGGCGGUGUUGUCCCCCUCGUUGAAUGGAUUCCUCAAAACAAAUCAGUCACCAGCGCAUCGCUUUCUCUUAUAGAUGCUAGCAGCCGGCGUUUGAACAAUGUGCUCAAAGCGUUCUUGGUCUUCCACGAAUCUGAUAUUCCGAUGUUCUCAGUCCUCUCACACCAGGCACUCAAGCUACACCAGGCUCGCAUCAGCGCUGUGACUCAGUCCAUCUAUGUCACCGCAAAGUUCAUAUCGUAUGACAUUCCCUUGCGGAUCGUGACUCUUGGCCUACCGGGUGCUUUCAAAUUCGACUUUGAUACCACCUUUAUGAAGGAGUACGCUGGUCAAGUUCAACAACAAUUCAUCGAAUUUGGCAAUUCCUCGCUCUUCGCUCUUCCGGGAAAGAGGCUUUUGAGUGCAAGCGCAGCUAAGGCCGCGUCAGCAGGAGCGCCUGUUGAUUAUGACCUGGCCACCUGGGACUCCAAGGAUCGUGCCAUUGCAAUUCUGAUGGGUUAUCUCCUCGCAUCGCUUGUUGGCCUCUUAUAUCUCCGCAUCACUGGACUGCUAACUGGGGCCAACCGCGGACAAAGAAUCGAGGGUGUGGUUGCUGAAGUGCUGAUCCAAGCGGGUGGAGUCAUGAAAGUCAUCCUCAUCAUUGGAAUUGAGAUGAUUGUUUUCCCUCUGUACUGUGGCAGUCUUCUUGACCUAGCUUUACUUCCUCUCUUUUCGGAAGCUACUGUGGUCUCUCGCCUUGCCUUCACAGCCUCCUCGCCCCUCACAUCACUUUUCGUACACUGGUUCGUUGGAACAUGCUACAUGUUCCACUUCGCCCUGUUCGUCUCUAUGUGCCGAAAGAUCCUACGGAGUGGUGUCCUUUACUUCAUUCGUGAUCCCGAUGAUCCGACUUUCCACCCGAUAAGGGAUGUUCUAGAACGAAGCAUCACCACCCAACUUCGCAAGAUUGGAUUCAGUGCCCUUGUUUACGGUGCACUGGUCAUUGUUCUUCCCAUCCACUGGUCGGCGAGUGCGCCAAUGCUCGAGUUCCCGGUCGAUCUCUUGUUCUAUAACUUUGUGCUGCCGGUCAUCAUCCAAUCCUUCAAACCAUCGGAUGGAUUGCAUGAAUUGUACGAUUGGUGGUUCCACAAAUGCGCCCACUUCCUCCGCCUCAGCAACUUUUUCUUCCCAGAACGACACAUCGAGGAAGAAGGUUACCAUGUCCGCAAGACUUGGUGGGGUCUUCUCACCGGAAGCAAGGGAGACUACGAACAUCCAGUCAUCGGCGUCGAUCAACAGGCUGCAGCCGAACAGGCGAACCACGAUGUUUACUUCUUGCGGGAUGGUCGCUACGUCCGAGCUCCUGGUUCCGAUCAAGUCCGCAUUCCAAAAGGCAACCGCGUUUUCUUGGAUGUCACGGAGGAUAACGAGCGUGUUGACGGAAAGCCGGAUCUUGCCGAUGGCCUUCACGGUCGAUCCAGUAGCAUGUUCACCAAAGUUUACAUCCCUCCCUCUUUCCGAACCCGCAUCGCUGCAUUUAUUCUUCUGAUCUGGCUGUUUGCCGCCACCACUGGAGUAGGCAUCACCAUUGUCCCUCUGAUCAUUGGGCGGAAGAUCAUCAUGUCAUAUUCCGCCAGCCAGGCCCCGGUGAACGAUGUCUACGCCUUCUCGAGCGGUCUCUGCGUGGUCGGUGCGUUUGCAUACCUGGCAUACUACUCACGCACGGCAUACGACAUUGCGCGGGCUCAUUCGGGUCCAUACCUUCGAUCUCCUCGUCAGGCCGCACAGAUGAGCUUGGAGCUCGUGAUGCACGUUGCUCGGCUUCUUUACAUCGUUACUGUUGCCAUCAUCGUCCUCCCAUCUCUCUUCGCACUACUCACUGAGCUUUACAUUCUGAUCCCUGCGCACACUUUCUUCGGCGAUGGACAGUCCCAUGUUGUCCACGUGGUUCAAGAUUGGGCACUCGGGGUGUUGUAUGUCCAGAUGGCCAUCAAAUUGACUUUGUGGCAGCCCCAUUCUUGGGCAGCUGCUGUGAUCAAUGGCAUCUUCAAGGACGGGUGGUUGAGACCCAAAGCUGGUAUCGCAACCCGUGCCUUGGUCAUUCCCCUUUUCCUUUUCACCGCUGCAGCUGUCACAUUACCUCUGUCGUUUGGGGUUAUUGUGCGCUGGUCUUUCUUCUACUCCAGCGUUGGAGUACAACCCAACAUAUAUCGCUAUGCAUACCCCAUCGCCUUACUGAUUGUGCUUUCCACAUGGCUGUCUCACCUACUCUUGAGGAGAGUUGCGGCUUGGCGGACCACCAUUCGUGAUGACGUUUACCUGAUUGGGGAACGCCUGCACAAUUUCAGCGAAAAGAGGGCGCGGGAUGUCGGUGUCUCGCGAGUGAUGACCGGAUGA